UCCAAUGUGACCUGCGCUCAGUGCCCCUCACAUGGAGCUGAAGGCAGGCGUGGCUGCGCUGACCCCGCCAACAGGGGGCGCCCGUGGGACCCCCAGCGGGAGCAAGCCACGUGGCCCGGAAAUGCGCCCAGCGUCGGCGUCUCCGCGAGGCCGUGUGAGACGCGGCAUGUUGCCCUGGCCCUCUCCGCGGUGGGACAGGGGUAAGGAGCAGGCGCCUAAGGAACAGGGCUCCUCACCAUGCAGUGGCCCUGGCAAGGAUUGGAACUCUGGAGAGGAAGCCGUGGGGGGACCAGGUACACCCCCACAGGACAGCCCUCUAUCCUGGUCCCCAGGGCCUUCUGGGAUCCAGAGAGAACAGCUGCUGGCCCAGUUCCCCUCAGGUCUGGUGUCUGGGCAGUCCCGGGAAACCCCAGUUCCCCUUCCCCCUCAGAUGGCCUGGGAGGUGGCCCCCUCAAGGAUGACCCUACUGGCACCAUGGGACCCCAACUACAAGGCUAAAGCAGGACCUCAGCUGGUGUGGGGGCCCAGCUGUGCAUCCGGUGCCUCCUUCUCAGGGCGGACUUUAUGUCAUCCCUCUUUUUGGCCACUCUAUGACGCAGCCUUAGGCAGGGGCUGCAGGCCCCUGGCCACAACAGGACAUCAGAAUAGUGAGCAGGUGCCCAGGGAUGCAGGGUUCCCAGUGAUGUGCGGUGGAGAUAUCUUUCUUUCAGACCCUCUGCUGCCCCCUGGGCAGCGUGUUCCCCUGUACCUGUCUGAGGCCUCUCAGCAGGUGAUGGGCUCUCUGAAGCUGCAGCUUCCACCCCCUAUCAUGUCACCCUGGGUCCACCCGACCCGGUCGCCUGGUUGCUCCACCGCCUGGCUCAGUGGGCCUGAGCUGAUCGCCCUCACUGGCCUCCUGCAGAUGAGCCAGGAAGAACCAAGACCUAGUUGCACUGGUUCCUCAGCAGCUCCCACGCCCCCUGCUGGUUCCCCAGACCCUGUCUCUGACCAUCCAGGCCCCACUGGUGGCCAGAGCUGUUCUCACUGCACUGACCCAUCCCUCCCACAGCCCCCAGACACUUGUCGCCCAUAGCACCCUCUGGGGGCACAGUGGGCCCCUGCUUGCCCACACAGUUCUGUUGACAAUAAAACAGUGUUUGUUUGCAAA